AUGGCUAAGAAGGAAGAACUCCCUCGUGAUAUCGAGGGUAUCGAUGAUCUUCAACGCUCUCCCUCGCGAUGUACGCAGGAGGGAACGACACUCGAUGCCGUCUUUGGUGAAGUUUCAGAAGAUGGACCUAACUACCGUAACGUUGGAUGGAUUGCUACCGUGGCACUCAUGACCAAAACUCAGAUCGGCCUUGGAGUUUUAUCGAUUCCCCAAACCUUCGACGCUUUAGGCCUCAUACCCGGAAUUAUAUGUCUCAUCGUCGUGUCGGCUAUCACGACAUGGUCAGACUACAUGAUUGGCGUGUUCAAACGUCGACAUCCACAAGUUUACGGUAUUGAUGAUGCGGGACAGUUGAUGUUUGGGAGAAUUGGUCGUGAAGUCCUCGCGACUGUCUUUAUGCUUUAUUGGAUCUUUGUUGCCGGUUCAGCGAUGCUUGGUAUCUCAAUCGGUCUUAACUCGGUUUCUACACACGCAGCCUGCACGGCUGUCUUCGUUGCCGUGGCAGCUAUUCUCGGCUUCUUCUUUGCUAGUAUUCGCACACUCGGCAAGAUUGGUUGGUUGGCGUGGAUUGGACUUGUAUGUAUCAUGACUGCGAUCUUCUGUGUCACCGUCGCAGUCGGCGUGCAAGACAGACCUGCAGCUGCUCCGCAGGGAGGACACUGGGAGUCUGACUGGAAACUCUUCAACCAUCCUAGCUUCGUCGACGGUAUCACGGCGGUGUCAUCGCAUAUCUUUGCUUUCUCUGGUACACCUGCGUUCUUCCAGAUCGCAGCUGAGAUGCGCGAACCGAAACACUACACCCGCUCACUAUUAACCUGCCAAUCGAUCGUGACAGUCACAUACAUCACCAUCGGAAUCGUGGUUUACUACUACUGCGGUUCAUAUGUUACGUCCCCCGCUCUUGGAUCAGCUGGCAUUCUCAUGAAGAAAGUCUGCUAUGGCUUUGCCCUGCCUGGUCUUAUCGUGACUGCCAUGCUUAUGACUCACAUUCCCGCCAAGUACAUGUUUAUCCGCUUAUUGCGCGGUACAAAGCAUCUCAACUCCAAUGGUAUCGUGCAUUGGGCCACUUGGUUAGCUUGUACAGGAAGCGUAACCAUAAUCGCGUACAUCAUCGCCAGCGCUAUCCCUGUUUUCGGCGGCUUGGUGUCUCUUAUCGGAGCUCUUCUUGGCACGCUGAUGUGCUUUCAACCAUAUGGCUGCUUCUGGCUUUAUGACAAUUGGCACAAGGGUAAGACUGACAAGUCACUCAAGUGGUGUUUUAUGGUCGGUUGGAGUGUCUUUGUCAUUGUGGCUGGAACCUUUAUGAUGGUUGCCGGUACCUACGGCUCUAUUGUUGGUAUCAAUAACUCGAUGAAGGCCAAUGGGGGAUCAAGCCCGUGGUCUUGCGCUGAUAACUCCAACUCUGGCUCGGCUGGUCACUAGAUGGCUUGGGUCUUGUGAUCUAGACGUCGGGCCGAAGAUCGUGGCUGAACUAUACUCGAGACUGGCCUCUUGAGUGGUUUCUCGAUGAAACUGUGAAGCGAAGGUGUUGUUAUGAGUGAGCGGCUUAUGUACGAGAUAUCGUUCGCUGUGCGGGACACAUUUCUGAAUGAGAUGUUGAUUGAAACAUCAGAGACUUAUGGAACGGUCAUUAUAGAGUGUAAAACACUGAAACAUCACAUAACAAUAGAAUACCCAUUUCUUUUUUUCAAGUGACAAUGACCUACAAAGAAAGUCAGUAACUCAAUGGGGAUAAGGAAUGCCGUUCAAGUGAUGACAACACCAUCCUCACCACCAAACUGAGCUUAAUCGAGAGAUCAAAUGUUUUU